AUGUCAACUGCUCUGAGGGCGACGGGCCGCGUCCUCGGACCAUCGAGGCCAAGCACAGCUGCAGCAUCUCGGCACACUCCCCGUCAGUGGCGACCCGAAUCGUCUCUCAAACCUUUCCGGCUCGAUUCGCGACAAUGGCAGUCGACCUCCUCCUCAGUUAACCCUGAGCAAGUAUGCCACUUCAACAGCCUCGCCUCCGAAUGGUGGGCUCCCCAUGGAUCCUCCCGUCUGCUUCACCUCAUGAACCCGGUGCGACAAGACUUCAUCCGCGGCUGCCUCCAGUCCAUUCCCGACACGACGGCCUCGAGGCUCCAAGACGCAUCCCUCAGCUACCUCGACAUCGGAUGCGGAGGCGGCAUCUUUGCCGAGAGCGCCGCACGACUACCCACGACGAAGCGAGUCACUGCCAUUGACCCUACGCCGUCCGUGCUGGCCGUCGCAAAGGCGCACGCGAAGAAGGACCCCUCGCUGAGCGGCAAACUAGUCUACCGACAAACCUCCGUCGAAGAGCUCCAGGUGCCUCGGGGGCCAGGCGAGGCAUACGACAUUGUCAGCUUGUUCGAGGUAAUUGAGCACGUGGACCGACCGGGGCCCUUCCUGGAGCGGGUUCGGCUGUUCGUCAAGCCCGGGGGCUGGCUGGUCAUGAGCACCAUCGCGAGGUCGUGGGUGAGCUGGUUCACGACGAACCUGGUUGCCGAGAGUCUCUUGAGGAUUGUCCCGCCGGGUACGCAUGACUGGAACAAGUACAUCAACGAAGACGAGCUGCAACGCUUCUUCAUGGACAAAGGGUGGGACAGCCCCAGGGUCAUGGGCGUCGUCUAUGUGCCCGGACUCGGGUGGAAAGAGGUUCGUGGCGGUGAGAAGGUGGGCAAUUACUUUUUUGCUGUGAGGCGGAGCGAUUAG